UACAAGAGGGAAAUUUUCAAAUCGAGAAGAGGCGCUCGUGAGAACAGCGGAGAGGGUGUUCACAAAACAAACAAUGCAAAGACCGGGCAAAGGGAAGACUCCUCGGAGGCCUGGGCCAAAGAAGGCGUCCAACACAGAGAGAGAUCCUGUGGGAGUGUACUGCCGUAUACGGCCCCUUGGAUCAGAGGAUGAGGAAUGCUGUGUUGAGAUGAUCAGCAGCACCACCAUUCAGCUGCAUGCUCCUGAUGGCCUUAAAGCUAACCGAAAUGGGGAAUACAAGGAGAUUGCACCACCUCAAUCUAAGAUUCUACGAGAAGAUCAGAAUCAUAACAUGUAUGUGGCUGGCUGCACAGAGGUGGAGGUAAAAUCAACAGAGGAAGCUUUUGAAGUCUUCUGGAAGGGUGAAUGUGGCCUUGCUCCUGGACGCAGGCACAGAAACCAGGCUUUCAGAGACGAGCUCUCACGUCGCCUGGAAGAACGAGGAGGGCCCAGCAAUGCUGUAGAUGACCGAGUUCUGAUGACUCAGCUUAUAGAAAGCCUUCCAGAUUUACCUACUUGCGAGCUGGUCGACCCAGCUGAUGACCAGACGCUGCCCCGCAUGAUUGAGGUCCUGGAAAGGAGGCAUCAAAUCCGACAGAUGAUGACAGAACAAUUCAAUAAAAAUGCUAAUACAGUGAAAUCCAUGCUGCAGCAGUUUGACAGCCAGCUCAGUGCAAAGGAUUACUUCCUUCACGAUCAACAGAGCAAACUGAAUGAAAAAGACAAAGUCAUUCUCAGUCAGAAAACGGAGAUAGAACGACUGGAGAAAAAGUCCAAAACGUUGGAGUAUAAGAUCGAUAUCCUGCAGAAGACGACGGACAUGUACGAGCAGGACAAACGUACACUUCAGCAGGAGCUGGAGACCCGGGACCACAGGCUACAGAGCGAGCUGUCAGAGAGGAAGCGCAUGGAGCAGCGCAUGCAGGGCGCGGUGACGGACACCAGACUCAAGUGGGAGAAGGAGUGUGAGAGACGGGUGAACGCAAAGCAGCUGGAGAUGCAGAACAAGCUGUGGGUAAAGGAUGAGAAGCUGAAGCAGCUGAAGGCCAUAGUGACGGAGAGCAGCAGCGGUGGCAGCGCUCCCACUGAGCGUCCAGAGAAGCCCGAGAGGCCCUCAAGGGAGAGAGAUCGAAACAUCCAACAGAAGAGGUCUCCCUCUCCAUCACCACUUCCUGAUUUCAGCCAAACUCCUUCCCACCAAAAUAAAGCCAGAGUUAGGGUGUUUCAGGACCCCACCUCCACACCAUCCUCCUCUGACUAUACUUCAGUAGCCUCCAGCAUCUCUAGGUGGGAGCAGAGGUUCCCUGUAGAUUCAGGCAGCCAGAAUAGGUUCACCGGGACUCCCCAAUGCAGGAAACUUCCUGGUUUGUCUUUCUCACAUUGGGAUCACCAGAAGGCUCUUCCAGUUCAUCCAAAACACAGGCGUUCACACUCUGCCGGUGGGGAGAAAUGGGUAGACCACAAACCACCUUCUAAUUUGGAGUUAGACACUGUCAUGCAGCCAAUCAUACCCAAUGCAAUCAAGGUGUCCACCCCAAGCGAGAAGGCUCUGUCUAAAUGCCACAAGUAUGUGCUUAGACAUCAAGAGCUUGCCUCUGACGGGGAGAUCGAAACCAAACUGAUUAAGGGUGAUGUGUUUAAGACCAGAAGUGGCGGACAAGCUGUGCAAUUUACAGACAUUGAGACUCUCAAACAAGUGUGCCCGUUAGCACCAAGUCGCAAAAGGCGAUCAGGAUCCGCAGAAGGACCAGCUGAAGUGGAGGACAUAGAAAACAGGGCUCCAGUGGCUAGCACAAAUUCAUCCCAUGGGUAUCAAAAACGCAGAAAGCCUUAAAUUGCCCUCAAUAUUUCCAUCUUGCUUUUAACAUACAAGAGUGGGUAAUUGUGAGGAAAUUGAAGGGAAACUAUGCAUCUUUUCAAUCCCAAGUUGGGUCUUUUGUUUGUUUGGGUUUUUUUGUUGUUGUUUUUUAAUUCUAUCAAAUCAUAUUAGGAAUUAUUCUGGUGGAAUUAUCAUUUUUUCAGAACAAUAAUAAUGUAGAAUAUUUAAGUUGUAAUUGCUGCAUUUGCGUUACUUUUUGAAUUCUGGAAAUAUUUCUCCUUAAAAACAUGAACAAACUUAUAAACACUCUACAAAUGGGACCUUUUAUGCUUUUGAAUGCUUUGUACUAUCCAAAGACGACCAUAUGUCUCUAUAGACCUGUUGUGCUUUUUUUUUUUUUCCUAUGUGAUUGUUUUUCUUUUCAAAGGUCAUUGAUUGAUCAAAUGUCAGACUAAGCAUUGCUGAUUAUUAAAAAAACAAACUUUAGAUUAUGCUUUGUAGAAUUGAAACUGUAAAUAUUACACUAUUAUGUAGGUUUUGAACUCAACCCCUGGCCUCCAUGUAAAUAGGUGUCAUGCAACUUUUUACUUUGGCUUAUUGAAACAUCUCCUAAGACAUAUAGCACACUGCUCUUUCUGGUGGCAUUAAAUUUAUUCAAACACCAACA